ACAAUCUGGCUGAAUGAUUUCCAAAAAACAAACUAUUGUUAUGCUCCUUUCUUUUAUGUUGAAUCCUACCAUUCAAUCAUAUGCAAAAUAUCAAUAAAUAUCAACUAUCAGUAUCAGCAAUCCCACUAUGUUCUAUCAAAUUCUAAUCCCAAUCUUAAUAUGCAUCAAUAUUCACAACAGCAGACCGGAGUAAUGCCACCAAAUGUUACACAGCCUCCCAUGCCGCCACCGCAUCAAAAUCAAAACGGUGGCGGACCAAUAUAUGUGUCUUCACAGCAACAAUUGGGUCCAGGUAUACCGAAUUCACAGAGCGCCAAUAGUGUGGUGUAUGCCAGUCAAACACAAUUGGGUGGAGGCGGCGGUAUAGUGGGCGCAGGUGGUGGUGGCAUACCCAUGCCACCACAACCACCCCAACCGCCAGCCAUGCCCAAUGGACCACCCGUACCACCAAAUGCUUAUGGUCAAAUGAAUGGCGGUGGUCAGGUACAGCAACAGGAGAAUCCCUAUGGUCAGGUGCCCGCUGCACCACCUAUGAUGCCGCAGCAGAAUAGUGCUCCCGGUGGUAAUGUACCUAUGCCACCACCACUUAAUCGCAUGAGCAGUACUGGUGGUGGUCCAGUUGGUCCUCCCAAUGCUGGCGCACCAGCUCCGCCACCACCACCUACAUUUGGUGGUGCCGCGCCUCAAAUGUUUAAUAAUAAUGCAAAUACUGUCAGUGGUCCAGCAGCACCACCUCCACCACAGCCGCCCGCUCCUCCAGCACCACCUGCCAUGGGUGGAAUGGGUGGUGGCGGCGGAGGACCAGCCGCUCCUCCACCACCGCCACCACCUCCCAUGGGUGAUGGCAGCCAAAAAGAUGAUCCUCAGGCGGAUUUAAUGGGAUCUUUGGCGGCUCAAUUGCAACAGGCAAAAUUGAAAAAGAAGUCCACCCCAGCCCCUACAGAGAAUAGCGGUAGCAGUACUCCAAGUGGUGGUAGCGGUAAUUAUGGCACCAUUGGACGCAGUACUAAUGGCAUGGCCUCUAUGAUGGAUGAAAUGGCCAAAACGUUAGCACGACGACGUGCUCAAGCAGAAAAGAAAGAGCCCGAACCGGAACCCGAAGUUAAACAAAGACCCUGGGAAAAAUCCAAUACUCUGCCACAUAAAUUGGGCAAUUCAAAUUCCAGCAACUCAAAUGCUAACUCAAAUAAUACAUCGAACAGUGGCGGUGAAUCACCCAGACCCAUGCGCAAACGUUUCGGCAGUGCAAGUGAAGAAACGAUACUUAAGGUCAAUGGUGAUGGCUUAUCGGUAGCAUUAUCGGGCAGUGAUUUGGAACAAUUAAAGGCUGAAAUUGUGAGAGAAAUGAAACAAGAAAUACAAAAAGUUAAACAAGAAAUCAUAGAUGCUAUCAAAUCUGAAUUUAACAGAAGAUAAAAUAAUUAUCUUUAGGUAAAUAAUUUUGGAUCUGAUUAUUAAAUAAAUAAUGUAUUUUAUACAUAAUAUAUAAUAAAAACAACAAAAAACCCCCAUUAUAUUAUAUACAUUUAACAUAAAAUGCAUAGAAUACACAAAACAUAAGAAGAGCGACAGAAGGAGAGCAAACAGCAACAAACUGCUAAAAACAAUUUUUUUACCCUAAAAAAAAACUUAAAAACAAGAAGAAAAAAACAUUAAAAACAUGUUUUUUUUAUAUAAAUAUACAUUUAAUAUAACAAUUAUUAAUAAAUAUAAUAAAAAUAUGUUUUUUUUUUUAUAUAUAUGUA